AUGGCGUCGUCAACUUAUGAUUUUAUCAUCGUCGGAGGUGGCCCUGCCGGAAGCGCCGUCGCCGCCGGCCUUGCCCGUUCCGCCAAGAAGCCCAGCGUCCUCCUCCUCGAGGCCGGAGGUUCCAACGAGGACCGCAACCUGAGGGUCGACGGCCAGCGAUGGAUCACGUUUAUGAACCAGGAGCUCAACUAUGGCUACAAGACGGCGCCGCAGGAGCACUGUGAUAACCGCGAGCUGGAUUACUCGCGGGGUAAGGGUCUAGGCGGCUCUAGCGCCAUUAACUUUGGCGUCUACACGGUCGGUGCCCGUGAUGACUACGAGGAGUGGGCGCGUGUCGUCGGUGACGACGCGUAUCGUUGGGAUAAGAUCCAGCCUCGCUUCAAGGCACUCGAGACGUUCCACGGUGACCUCCCUGCUGGCAUCGACUCCAAGUAUGCCGCCCCCAAGGCCGAGGACCACGGUAGCUCUGGUAAGCUGCACGUUGGCUAUGCCAGCGAGUGGGAGAAGGAUCUCCCUCCUGUGCUGGAUCUCUUUGAGAAGGCUGGUUUCCCUCUCAACCCUGACCACAACUCGGGCAACCCGCUUGGCAUGUCGGUCUUGAUCAACUCUAGUAGCAAGGGACUUAGGUCAACAUCCAAUGACUUGCUGACUCCCGUGCCGGAGAAUCUGACGAUUGUUACGUCGUCCCCUGUCCAAAGGGUUAUCCUUGAGGGUACGAAGGCUGUUGGUGUUGAGGCCAACGGCAAGCAAUACUUUGCCUCGAAGGAGGUCAUCCUCUCUGCCGGCUCCCUAGACACCCCCAAGAUCCUUAUGCACUCUGGCAUCGGCCCCAAGGACCAGCUAGAAAAGUUCAACCUCCCCGUCGUCAAGGAUGUGCCACGCAUCGGCCAGGGUCUCCGAGACCACAUGUUCUGCCCCCUCGUCUACACCCGCAAGGAGGGCGACACAGACCGCGCGCCCUUCUACGGAGACGAAAAGAUCAUGGAGGAGGCCCUUGAGCAGUGGAAGCGCGAUGGCACUGGUCCUUGGACAAAGUUUGCUUGCGAGGUCGGCAUUGGCUGGUUCAAGCUCGACAAGCUGGUGCAGUCUGAAGAGUUCAAGGCAUUGUCUGCUGAGGAGCAAAGUUUCUUGAACAAGGAGACGGUGCCUCACUAUGAGAUCCUGACACACUUUCCCAUCCACUGGUUCAUCCCCAACUUUCCCAAGUCGGCCCUCAACUACUCAUGUAUUCUCGUCUUUUACUACAACGCUCAGAGUCGUGGAGAGGUUACGCUGCAGUCGGCCGAUCCCAACGUGCCUCUCAAGUUCGACCCCAAGUUCCUCUCCACGCCGUUUGAUCGUCGUGCAGCUAUCGAGGCUCUCCGCGAUGCUUUCCGCCUUGCCAAGUCAGACGGAUACGCCAAGGAUAACGUGGAGACGCUUGCAGGUCCCAAGGGCGAUUCUGAUGAGGACCUCCUUGCUCACUGGCGACAGACCAUCUCUUCGAGCUGGCACAUGACCGGAACGACAAAGAUGGGCAAGCCUGGAGAUGCAGAGGCAGUUGUUGAUAGCGACUUCAAGCUUAUUGGCUUUGAGAACUUGCGGAUUGCGGAUAUGGGUGUCGUGCCCAUCAUAGCCAGCUGCCACAUUCAGGCCGUCGCCUAUGUCACUGGCGUUACUUGCGCUGAAAAGUUGAUUGCCGAGUACGAUCUCGCGUAA